AUGGCGACUAGUUUAACUGCGCGAAGGGCCUCGAAUUUACUACAAAGAAGUGUACAUUGUCGCUUUGUAACUCCAAACUUCAUCUUUGGUGUGUGUAGAAACUGUUCUACUACAACGGUAGAAAUUAAAAAUGAUAAUACGUCAGUAGAAACGGCGCCAAAAAUGCAAGAGGACGAGGAAAAGAGAAAAAGGAGAGACGAGGGUAAAAAACUACAUGCUAUAUAUCACAUGAAAGUGGACAAAAUCGCUGCGGAAUUCCUCAUGAAACGACAAGAGGAAGAAAUGAAUCUAAAUCAAGAAAUGCUUAAGAAGAAAGAACUGCAAAAGCUGGAGAAGGAAAUGCACGACCGGAUUAUUGAAAGUGUCCAUCUUGAGAACGAGCGAGUAAAACAACUAAGGUAGAUAUUAUUUUUUGUCAAACUCUACAGUCUUGCUAAAACUGAAAAGGUGUUCAUGACGCAAGAUAUAAUUAACAAUAUUAGAUAAAUUAACUUUAUCAACCAGACUCUGAUCUAGAAAACUUGGAAAAUCAAAGGCAAGUGUCGUACAAAUGUACGAGGUAUAUUGUAACACUGGAAUUGUACUGCAGUUGCUCAUCUGGCUGCCGCUAUUCUUGAAAAGGUUGAAGGCUGUGAGAAAAAUUGACCAAAAUUCUUGCCUUCAAUUAAUUUUGGUCAGUAAUAUGCUACUGAUCCUUAAAUAUUUGUCCAUAUCUUAAUGUUUCGUACAAAUCACUUCCUUGUUUCACCAUAUACCUUUUGGACACAAAAGGGAUACGCCUUAAGGAGACUCUUGCCGUAAACAAAGUUGACUUUUGUACAGAAAUAUUCUAUGCUCGAUUAUUCUCUUUCAUAUGUCACUGCUGAUUCCUCAAGAUUGUAAAAUUUUUUGUUACAUUACCAUGAAAGUGACGAAUGACAAAUCCAUGGUGGUAUUGUGGAAGGAGUUUUGUCUCAAUUGAAAAUAAAAUUUGUAUGGAAAAUAAUCCUAAGUGAAUCUUUACCCCCAAAUUAAUUAAUUUGAAUUUUGUGACACAUACAGAAAAGCUCAUGUCAGAUGGUCAACCCAAUUUAAUGCAUCAUCGUAUACAACAUUUGAAAUUGCUUCUACUAUGUUUAAACUUCAGAGCCUGAUUGUUUUAAAGUUUUAUUUAUUUCACUCUUAUGAUCUCUACAAUUAUCAUAAUUCUCCCUGAAGUCUGCUGUACAUUUCUUGUAAUUUUAGUUUGGAGAGUUUGGUGUUGGAUCCAACGACGAUCCCUUAGUUGAUAUUUUUGUUAUUAUCAUCACAUGUCUGCUUGAUAUUGUAUUAAUUUGGGAAGAAGAAAUUUUUUCCUGGUCGCUCCUGAGGAAAAAAGGUUUUAGAGAAAGAUUCUAAUAUGUACAGCUUUAGAGGUCUCUUCUCCAAUUUUCACAGUUUAGAGCCUGACUAAAUGAAACCUUUCAGGAAAAUAUGUGUGUGUCAGACAUCAAGGACCUAAAGUAAAUGAAAGACUUGAAACUUUAUGUAAAAACUGACAAGAUUAGGAGAUGUGAUAAAAAAUUUAGGAGACACAAUUCUUGAAGUUUGCACAACAAGGGUAAAGAAUAUAAAUCUAGGUAAUUAUCUCUUUCCUAAUAUUGUGACUUAGGCAACAGUUAGUUCAUGGCAAAUCCUACAUUCCAAUCACUGCAAGCUCUUUGUUUUAAUUCAUUCACGACAAAUGAAAGGUGUAAGUUGCCACAGUUGAAUUGCUUGGUCUCUGCUGGCAGUUAUACUGUAGGUGUUAGUCUACUGUAGAGCUUUAACCCUUUACCACAUAAAGUCAUUGAAAUGCAACUUCUCUUGAUUAUAUCCAACAUUAUCCAGCAAACAGGUAUGAGAAUACUUUAACUUAUUAGGUACAGGUUGUCAUCUUGAUCUCACACCAACAUCUGGAAAGCAAUUUUUAAGGAAAUGUAGUGCAGCUGCAUGGGAGAAUUAACAAUCAGAUCUUGGAAAUUGAAGGGCUAAAAGCAAUGGGAGGUUUUACCAAAUACAGUUGUCACUGAUCGAAGAAAGAAAAAGAAGAAUCAACUGACUCUAAAGCUUUAGUUUCAGAACAGUUGCGACCAAAGAAAAAUCAACUGCUUCUAAAGGGGCUGUUACUUGUAAUGUUGGACUAUGAGACUGUUUUCUUUCUUUUUUAUUCCAGAGAGAAAAGACUUGAAAAUAAAAAGCUAGAGGAUGAAGAACACGAGAAAGAAAAGGAGCUUUUAAGGAGGGAAUGGGAGGCUAAACAGAGGCAGGAAAGAGUUGAAUUGGUGAAAAAGCUGACUGUAAGUACUGUUAGUUUUGUUACAAGGGAAAGUUAGGGACUGAUGUGAAUAAUUUGACAUCAAAUGUAUGCAACUGCCGACUGAGGCAUGAAUAAGAAAUUCAAGUUCAACACGACCCUUUAACUUUCCAAAAACAGUGACUGAAACAGAAUUUCUGCUUACAAUGCAAAUGUAAAGAAAAAUAUAAAUUAGGGAAUUAUCAGUUGAUCCAAUUUACCAAAUUCUCCAAGCCAACAUCAGAAGAAUUGUUUAGCAGAUGGUAAGGGGAAGUAUUAAAUGAGAUAUUGGGUGUGAAAGAGUUAACUUUGUUUAACUUUACAAAUCUUUAGUAUGAAGAUCAUACUUUCAUUCCACUGUUAAUAUGUUCAUUGUAUAAUUUUUUCUUAAGUUCAUGUCUUUCAAGUGGGUGAUUUGCAUUCAUACAGUGGUAACUGUUAGUAGUAUUAAAAAAAGAAACACUGAAAGAAAAAAUCCUCUUGCUGCACAUACAAGCAGUGUGGUUGAUCUGAAGUUCUCUUUUGAGGUAUAUUUUGGGGCUAAAUAUCAUGGGUACUACAUAAGUAUGCGGGAAGCACAACAGGACUUGCACCCAAUACCACAAGAUUAACCCUUUAACUCCAAGAAAUGAUUAACAUGUAACCUCUCUCUACAAUACCCAUACAGUAUCCAGUAAACAGGUAAUGAGAGUACUCAAACUUAUCAGUUAAAGGUUGUUAUCUUAAUCAGUAACACCAAAUUCUUGUAACUAAUUUACAAGGAAAUUUGUAGCAGCUAGAGGGGAGAAUUGACAAUCAGAUCAUUGGAGGUAAAGGGUUAAGACAUGCACAUUACACUUGCCCCUUUGAAGGUGACAAUCAAGUUGAUUUUCAUGCAUUUUAUUUCAUUUUUGUGCAGGAAGAAAGCAAAAACUGGGUGACUGAAGAAAACCUAGAGGAGAAGAUAGCUUAUUGCCUGGAAAAUGAAACAAACUACAACUUCGCCAUAACACCAUCAGGGGAGAGGAUUUAUUCAACCACUCCUCCUGGUUGUAUAGACUCUGAGGAAAAUGCCCCUGGCCCUGCAGCUUAUUACCCAAAAGGACUACCUUCAAACCUUGAAAAACAAGAAGUGGAUGGUUAUUGAAAGAACAAACUGAAAGCAGUACAAUACCUUGUACACGUACACAAUAAAGAGGAGUGUAAAACAAAUUUUACAGGAGCAACGCACCUGACUGAGUAAUGCCUCCUGAGCCAUCAAGUGAAACUAACUAAAAACUUUAGCCUUCCAAUCUUCAGUUAAAAAAUGUAUGAAAUCUCAUGCAUCUUGUGCACUAGGGAAAGGUAUCUUCAUUUGGUCAACAAAUUGUUAGAGAAAUUUUAUGGAAACACUAAGUAACUGUCUGUUGUUCACAAACAUUGAUAGCUAACUUCGCUUUUUGGCUAACUUCCGUCUCCCCCAUCCUAAUUUCAAGCAUAAGCACUCAUUUUAUUCACAGAAUACUUUGGACGGUCAAUGGAGCGAUGGAACCAAACAGAAAAUUGAGAGGAACAUCUUUACCUAGGAAUUUCCACCAGCUAUUCAGGCUGUACUUCUGUUGGCUAAACUCUUAAGAUUAGAACCAUAGGAAAGACUCUCACCAUUCAGUUGUAACUAACACAAAACCUCACUUAAUAGUUCAACUACAUCAAUUCUUUAUUAGUGAACUGGAGUUGAAAUAAAAAACUUAUCAGC